CAGCUCCAGACAAGCAGAGGAACUCCGCUGUGACCAGCGCCAGGCUCUGGAUCUCUCGGACUUGGUCGGUCAAGAUGGUGCGGGGUGCGGUGGUGCUGCUCGGUCUCGUGCUGGUAGUGCUGUGUCAAGCAGAGUUCGCGCCACCUACCGUGAAUAUCAGCUUGGAUGAAGAUCCAGAAGUGCGAUGGGCACCUCUGCUGAAAGUCUUCGACGUAGACUACCUGAAGAAAGCCGGCGCAGAGGUCAUUGACACUACAGUUCCAAAAUGGGUUCAUCAUGCAAUUGCACCAAUUGUGGCGGCCUUGGAAAAGUACAUUCCUCAGCCUUAUGCAGGGGAGAUCCAUGGCAUGGCUUCAAACCUGGGAGGAAACAUUUCAGAUAUCAUCAUGCUUAACUUUGCCUAUGAAAUAUCUGCAUUUUGCACUAGCAUCAUAGCUCAGGACAAAAACGGGAGCGUGUACCACGGCAGGAACCUUGAUUAUCCGCAUUCUGUUCUGAGGAAUCUGACUGUGAACAUAGUUUUCCUCAAGAAUGGAGAGGUGGCCUACCGUGGAACCUCUUUUGCUGGCUAUGUAGGACUGUGGACAGGACAGAGUCCUAACAAGUUUACUGUCUCUGGUGACCAGAGAGGAAGUGAACACCUGUGGAACUGGUGGAAGAAUGUGGUGUCCGCUUUCCUCUUAAAGAGAUCCCCAGUCAGCUGGCUGGUCAGGGAGACUCUGGAGGAAGCACAGGACUUUCAAGAGGCAGUGAUGCGUCUGUCUAAAAUCCCCAUCAUCACUGGGGUGUAUUACAUUGUGGGCGGGGUGCGAGCAGGGGAAGGGGUCGUCAUCACCAGAGACCGAGCAGGCCCUGCUGAUAUCUGGCCACUGGAUCCUGUGAAUGGGGGAUGGUACAGAGUGGAGACGAACUAUGACCACUGGCUUCCUCCUCCAGCCAUGGAUCAGCGAAGAGAAGCAGCCAACAAAGCACUAAAUGCUACUGGCCAAGAUCACAUAAACAUGGAUACACUUUAUCAGGUUUUGUCGCUGUAUCCGGUGUGUAAUGGAAUUACUGUUUACACAACAACAAUGAGUGCGGCAGCUCCUGAGCUGUACAACACACUUGUCAGGCCACAGGGCUGCCCUGAUACUGACUGAACUGACUGCAGUCAACAACGCGCUGAUUUUAGCUGCAUUAUCCUUGUGCAUCUGAACUUCACAACAUGGUUACAUGCAGAUUCAUAAUCAUGUGGAGAUGAUAUAAUUGAGAUUAGAGAGGAAUUCCAUAAAUGCAUUUUUAGGGGUGACUGCUUUUCUGCCUCUAAUCAAAGAAAAACAAAAUCGCUGUGAAAAUUUUUGUCCCCUUCUGUACGUGCAAAUUACAUGUCAAGCUUUUCAAAACUGAAAUUAUUGUGAUCUUCUGGAGUGAAGUGAGGAGCAUUUCUGGAGUAUGAAAAACACACUGGAAUUCAGCACAAGUUUAAAAUAUCCUCAGGGCAGAGUGGGGUUAAUUUAUCCCUGUGAUUUAUACAUCCGUUAGUUUUUAAAUACAAGUAACUGAAUCUCACCUCCAGGAAUGUGACAAAAGCAGGUUGGGCACAAAAUAGGAAAGGUGACGAUGGCAAGGAGGGAAGGAGCUCUGUUUGUGCCACGCAUUUUCUUGUUAAAUGCAAUUGAUGAGCAAUUGAUACAAAGUUUUUUUCUUUCUUAUUUUUUCUUUUCUUAUUUUGAAUGUGGUGUGCUAAUGCAAUGUAUUUUAAUACUCCUAAUAUUUUUUACAUCAAUUAGAAGUUGAGAAAGGAAUAAUGUCUUCAUGCAGUUUUACAGCAAUUAACAUGUUCAAAUUAAAUAUUUUUUCAUUGCUAACUAAAACUUGCCUUUUGUCUCAAAAUACAACUGAGAGGGGGCUUAUUUUAAGUUUACACUUGAGAUCACACCUCUGGGAGUAACAUGAUGCUACCUAGCCAAGCAAACAUCUUUAAUUUAUCCAUUCAUUUGACUUUAAAAACAAUGCUAAAACAGACUUUUGCCCGUCACUUUUAAAAUAUCGUGCCUACUGAUGAGGGUUGGGCCUCUGACUGAGACACAAGAUUGACACCAAAAUAAAAAUAAUAUAUAAAUAAUUCAGCUGGACACAAGGAAGCAAUUAGCAGCAACACUGAAAAUGGCUCUAUGAACUAACACUGCAAAUGUUUCAGAACCAGGCAGCUCUGUAGCAUGUUUAAUUCAUUGCUUACAGAGAUUACAGACAAACCAAACUCACCAAAAAUUGCGUUUAAAAUAGCUAAACUCCAAACCAACACAAGCACAUGAUUUGCUCCCACUGUGAACAGAGGUUCCUCUUUCCAGGCUGUUUUGAACUUGAUGACCAUUUUGUUCUCUUCCAUGGAGCGAUAGCUCUCAUCAAACCACUGAAAAGAGGUGGGGAGGGCCCCAGUGUAUGGGUCCCUGCAGGUUUGUGUUUCUUCUUCUUGUGCUUAAAGUUAUAAUAAUAUGUAACUUUUCCAUAUUAAAAUAUCUAAAAAACUAGA